CCUGAGCUGCGUAUUCGGGGUAGUGCUGGCCAUAGUCCUUGACGUGGUAACUUGGUUUUUGGGUGCUGUUCAUCUCUGGCGGAGGAGUGAGCGCACGGUUGAAAUCUGGCCGCGAGGCGUGGGAGGUCCAGUUUGAUCGCGCGUGUUGAUAGGUCUGGAGAGAAGCGGGCGGUGGUUGGUCUUUCGAAGAGACGAAGGGGUCUCUGAAGCGGAUUGCUGAGUUGGCAUACAUGUGGAGCGACGGUACAGGGUCGGUCAUGGAGAAAUGGCGAAGCUGAGGACACGCGUGGUGCUGGUGAAGCAGGAGCAGCAGGAAGGUAAGAGUGAGGACAAUAGAAGUGGAUAUGGCAAGGCAAGUUCGAGCGUACCAGAGCCAGAGCCAGAGCCAGCGCCGGGGCUGUGGCAGCAGGUAGCAGGUGGCAGCAGCAGCAGGUACUACUACGACCGUACGGACGGCGAGGGAGGCGGCAGUGAGGUAUGCGUGCGAGAUGUACGAAUGCCUCCACAACCGACACAGGCGGCAGGACGGAUGGAGAGGGAGAGCGCGCCAGUGCAUGCUCCUAGCGUCAGUAGUGAUCAAGGUCUAGAGAGGCAGAGCCAUGCCAUCAUGGCGUCGGGGCACGAAGCACACGGAAGGAAGGAAAAGGUACACUGCCCUGAGAGCUACAGAUGUCCAUACACGCACGGUGUACACCCUAUGACCAUACACGGGACACAGAUUAAUCAGCUGCGGGGCUAA